CUUUUACGUAAGCGAGGUUGCUGUGGAUGGGCGAGGCUUCAGUCGACCUGGCGAAGGAUGUCAGCGAGACAGGAGAAUAAUGACAGUGAAGCCGGUGAGAAGGGCGACAAGGAGGUCCUACCUCCCCCGACCUUUGCGCCCCGCUCGGAGCUGCGCAGACAGUGGGCUGAACUCCGCGAGGAGUGGAGCGUCUUCCUGGCGCAGCGGCAGUCCGAGCAGGACGCCUUCGUCGAGCAACUUUUGGCCCAACUGCCGAGCCAAGGUGACUCCAGCACCGGGAUGUGCGGGCACUCAAAGUCCAACAUGGAGCGAGAGGAGGUUGCAACUGUUGGCAUCGUCAACUACUUGCCCUCGCCAAAGCACGCCCUGCGGGGAGAGAGGUCUGAGAAGAUGAUCGUUUUCGAAGACUUUGCAACCGAAGCCGCCUUGCGAAUGAAGCAGCUCGAAAUCGCCGAGGAGUCUCAUCCAAUUCGGCGGGCGCAAAGCAGCAGGCAGUCGCACAAGAACAAAAGCAGUAUCAGCGAUGAGGAUGACAAGCUCCACUCUGUGCGAGAGUUUGAGCGAAGGACGUCCGCGCUGGAAAACGUGGUUGUGACCAUGCAGAGCAGCCGCAGGCUCCACCAUUGGUUUGGCCGAAUGCCCUUCGGCUCCAGGUUCUUGGAGAGCGUCAUCUCCUUCCUGGAUUACAUGUCCAGUCUGGAAGAGCCAGAGCGACACGGCAUGUGCAACUGCAUUCUCCAAAGCAACCUGUUUUGUAGCUUAUGCACCCUGGUCAUCUUGGCGAAUGUAGUUGUCAUUCUCUACACGGCCAACUGGACAAUCAGUCACGGAAGCUUUGACGUCCCGGUGUUUGUGACGGUGCUAGAUAUCUUCUUCUGUGUCGUGUAUCUCAUCGAAUCCUUGCUGAAGCUGAUUGUUCAUCGGGCCUACUUCUUUUGGAAUGAGUACGCGCCCUGGAACAUCUUUGACCUGAUCUUGGUGAUACUGGCUGUAUACGAUCAAGUACUCGUUUUCUACUGGCAGUCCGAUGCCUACAGCACAAACAUGAACUUCAUGAGGUCCCUACGCAUUGUCAAGGUGUCCAGGAUACUCAGGCUGGUUCGAGUUAUCCGAGUAUUUCGCGACCUUCGCUGCAUGCUCUUCUCCAUACUUUGGUCUUUCAGCUCUUUGUUUUGGUGCCUAGUGCUCAUCUUUUUCGUAAUCCUGGUCUUCUCUUUGCUUCUGGUGCAGCUUGUCACUGAGUACAUCAUCCAGCCGGACGUGCCGGACGAGGUCAAGCAAGAGUUCUUCGGGUAUUUCGGCUCUGUGGAGACGACCAUGGCAACUCUGUACAUGUCCAGCACUGGAGGUGUGGACUGGCGAGUGCCCUAUGAGCUCUUAGCUAAAAGUGGCGAGUUGAGCUGCAUCGCAUUUUUGUUUUACGUAGCAUUCUUCGAGUUCGCCGUCUUCAACGUAUUAACGGGCGUGUUCGUGGACCACGCAAUGAAGGUGAGCGCGGCAGAUCGAGAACUAGCGCUGGCGGAGCAGAAGAAGAAAGAGAAAAACGAGGCCGAGCGCCUGCGCGACACCUGCCGAAUCAUCGAUGCGGAUGGCAACGGCAAGAUCUCCUGGCCCGAGUUUCACGCCUUCCUCCAGAACGAGAACGGCUACAGAAACAUGGCCUCCUUGGGUCUUGACAUCUUCGACUCGAAGAAGUUCUUCAAGAACCUGAUGAUCAUGACGAACCAGCGGGAUAUUGACAUCACUCAGUUCGUGUCCGGCUGCAUGAGAAUGAAAGGCUGGAAUAGAUCUCCACGGCCUUCACACGGACUUGGAGGGCUUCCAGCGGCGCGUGGACGAUAUGCAGGGCAUGGUGGUAUCUGCUUUGCGAACAGCUCAAGACCGAGCCAUAAGGCUGCGAUCCAACGAGAGGUCAAAACUUCGCGAAAAGGACAUAGGCUUUCUCAGCAACGGCAACCUUCAGAGCAGCGCCGCGCUGAGCGACAGGAGCUGGGAAUCGUGCAGCCCAAGGGAAGUGUCGAAGUGUCAAGUCGGUUUGGUGCCCAUGUGCCAAAAGGACCAUGACCCACACAAGAGUUUUGACGUCGCCCACCAUGGCUCAUUGGUGCAGGUACUGCAUGCAUGUAAAGCAGUUCUGGUUCAGGUGAGAGGUCUGCAUUGCCUGCGUGUUUCACUCGCGAACCCUAAAUGUUCGACGCUGCGAAGCGGCUUGUAUAGACCGUUUGCGUUG